CAUCCCUGCGGAAAGCUAGACUCCAGCCGGCUUGCGGCACAAUCCACCCGCGGUUCCACCACCACCACUGCUCCCAACACCAACACCAUCAUCAACCUUUGGCCUGACUGUUGGAGCUUCGCCGAGCUCCCAUCGCCGCCCUAAUCCCCCCCCAUCGCCACGACCCCUCACGACCAUCACGACCACCAUGGCGUCCAAAAAGGACAUGCGUCGGGAUGACCUGAUUAUCCCUUAUGCGGACCUCGACAAGGGAAAGCCGGAUCCGGACUUUGCUGGCACCAUGGCCAGCACUCUGCCCAUGGCCGCGAUCUUCACGAGGAACAAAUUGCUCGGCUGGACGGCCGUCAUGUUCUCCCUCCAGACGUGGCUUGCGGAGACGCCCGAGCAGAAGAAGCAUGCGACGACUCCUGGCUACUUCAGCGUGGGCAUGUCGUUAAUGUCGGUCGCGGUGGCAUACAUGCCGCUGUUCCUUCCCAACCCUCCGGCGCGGGCUGGGGCGGGCUCAGGCACCGAGGCUCCUGCAGCCGUGCCGCCUGCUUAGAGUAGAUAGACGCGCCUGUUGUACGAUAAGUAGCAAGAAGGAUGAUGCACGU